AGAACCAAAACCCUAAGCCAUCCUUCUUUCAUCUUCCUCUCAUCUCCUCCUCCCCUAUCUCUCCCUCUCCUCUAUUCUCCUAGCAGCUCAGGCGAAGCAGCGAACGGCGCCGGGACCAGCUCCGACCGGCGAGCCUCUUUCUCUCUUCUCCUCCGCUCCAGUGAGGACGACAACAACAAACAGCAGCUCCAGCUGCUCUGACCAGCGAGCGGCGAGCAGCCAACUCCGGCGAAGGCAAGGUAAUCACCGGCGAACCCCAUCGAAGACGAAAACAACAACAGCGGGACCGUCGCAUCUCCAUUCCUCUCCUCUUUGGCGAAGUUCUAGUAAUCCAGGUUUGUGAAAUAAAUUUCGGCCCUUUACAUCGGAGGAAUUUUUUCCCAACAAUUCUCUGCCAUUGCCUCUACCAUAUCCGGGCAACUUCGCUGUACCAAACAACAAGAUGAGGAUAGCUGUAGAAGGGUGUAUGCACGGAGACUUGGAUAAUGUUUAUGCCACCUUAUUGCAUUUGCAAGAAGUUCAAAAUAUAAAAAUUGAUCUCCUUUUAUGCUGCGGUGACUUUCAGGCUGUUAGGAAUGAGAAGGAUCUGGAAAGCUUAAAUGUGCCACCUAAAUUCCGGAGCAUGAACUCUUUCUGGAAGUAUUACUCAGGAGAGAAAGUAGCACCGUUUCCAACUAUAUUUAUUGGAGGAAACCACGAAGCAUCCAAUUACCUUUGGGAACUGUACUAUGGAGGAUGGGCAGCACCUCAGAUAUACUUCCUUGGAUUUGCUGGAGUAAUCAAGUUUGGCAACAUUCGUAUUGGUGGCCUUUCUGGAAUUUAUAAAUCACACCAUUACAAUAUGGGGCACUAUGAGAAGCUACCUUAUAGUGAACAGGAUAUUCGAUCGAUAUAUCAUGUUCGCGAGUAUGAUGUCCACAAGCUCUUGCAAAUUGAGGAACCAAUUGAUAUCUUUCUUUCACAUGACUGGCCUGUUGGCAUCACCGCCGGUGGGGACUUGAAAGCUCUUCUUCGUCAAAAACCUUUCUUUGAGCAAGAGAUUCAGGAAGGAACUCUGGGAAGCAAACCUGCUGCAGAAUUACUGGGAAAGUUGAGGCCUCCUUACUGGUUUUCUGCACAUCUGCACUGCAAAUUUGCUGCUUUAGUUCAGCAUGAGAAGGAUGGUCAUUCCACUAAGUUUCUUGCUCUAGAUAAGUGCCUCCCUGGUAGAAACUUUUUGCAGGUUAUUGAAAUUGAGUCCGGACCAGGACCACAUGAACUUCAACUUGAUGAAGAAUGGUUGGCUAUCACAAGAAAGUAUAAUGCUGUCUUGCCCUUGACAAUCAGGAAUGCGAACUAUAAUAAUGUACAUCUCGGCAUAGAACAGUGCCGCCAGUUUGUAAGAAAUAGGCUGCAGACAAGAGGAUCCAAGCCGUUUGAAUUUGUUCAGACUGCACCACGCUACAAACCUUCUCAACCUGUAGCUGACGGUGUCUUCCAUGGUUUCUAUAAAAACCCUCAGACAGAAGCUCUUCUACAGUUUCUGGAACUUGAGUAUCUUCUCAAUAAAAUGCCAGAAUCAAGGAAGCUUGCUGCAAGUCAAGCCCCAUUAAUUUCAGGAUGUUCCUUCGAUUACCUCGGUGAAGAUAUACCCAUAGAUGAUAUAGAUGAUACAGAGGAUUUCAAAGAGGUUGACCUGGAAUAUGCUCAAGAAAGAUGAAUCUUAAGCUCAAAUCUUGUUGCAGGGAUUGAUUGGCUUUAAGGAUCGUUGAUUGUGCC